UUGUGUCCCGCACGUGGCUCAAACCUCCCUCCGGUUGUGACAUAAUCCAACAUGGCGGCCACCGUUGGCAGACUGUUCAGGACCUCUGUUCAGGUUGCAGCUGGAGGGCUGAAAGUUGCAGCUGCUUGCCAGCAUGGAGUUGGCGGCGCUGCCAGGGUCCUUUCUGCUCCUGUUCUCCAGAAAUCCUUUUUCUCCACCGGCUCCUCCAGAUGGGCGGCCGCCGUCACUCAGCCGGCGCCCGGCUUUAAGGCCACGGCUGUCCACAACGGGGAGUUCAAGGACCUGAGUCUGGCGGACUUCAAGGGAAAAUACCUCGUCCUUUUCUUCUACCCUCUGGACUUUACGUUCGUGUGUCCGACGGAGAUCAUCUCGUUCAGCGACAAGGCCAAGGAGUUUCACGACGUCAACUGUGAGGUGGUGGGCGUCUCUGUGGAUUCUCACUUCACCCACCUGGCCUGGAUCAACACGCCACGAAAGGCUGGAGGUUUAGGAAACAUCCACAUCCCUCUGCUGUCGGACCUCAACAAGCAGAUCUCCAGAGACUACGGGGUUCUGCUGGACGGCCCGGGAAUCGCACUGAGGGGCUUAUUCAUCAUCGAUCCAAACGGUGUGGUGAAGCACAUGAGCGUCAACGACCUGCCAGUGGGUCGGAGCGUAGAGGAGACGCUGCGCCUGGUCAAGGCCUUCCAGUUCGUCGAGACGCACGGAGAGGUUUGUCCAGCCAGCUGGACGCCGAAGUCCCCCACAAUCAAACCAACCCCUGAAGGAUCGAAGGAGUACUUUGAGAAAGUCAACUAACCGUUCCCACCGCCGUCAGGUGAAAAUCACAGAAAAUAAAAAGCUUCUUAGUUUACCGAUUUAAUCUGUUCGACAAACUCCUGGCUUUGAUUCGUCUGGACCCGUUUGUGUUUCUGUUUAUCGACUCGCAUCUCUACUGUAUGAAGAUAAUAAAAAUCACGCUGAGUAACCCCUGUACAUAAACAUGUUUAUUUCCUUUUUACAGCAAGUUAAUAUGCAGGUUCAAAAUGUCUGACAUUGGUACACAACAUGAAGUGCCAAAAAUCAACCAAAGUGGGAGAGAACUGGAAAUUAGAAAAAAAGGCAUUUGCCACUUCUCAUACAAGUAGGGUACAUACUGUAUUUACACAAAGUAGGGAGAAACACUCUGCAGCACAGUGUGGUGAUGAAAACAUCUAGUUUUAGGUGUACAUAAACUUUACUUUGUACAGUAGCAGAAAUGAAGCGCCGCCUCGUUCCUGCAGAUAGACGGUGUUUUUCUUUUUAGCUUACCGAAAGACGUGGGGCCUCUUUAAAGCUUUGAAAUCCAAAUAAAAAACAUCCCCCAAAAGAAGAAAAGUGGGUCAAAAUGUGGCUUCAGGAGUUUGAAACAGAAAAAAAUGGAGGCAGAAUUUGAUGAAGGUGGUUAAAUGUGGAAAAAACUUCAUGCAGUUUCAGGCAAGCUGUAACAGCGCCCACCCCAAGCACCGUACUAAGAGAAAAACAAAUCAAUGCAACUAAAGGAUUCAUUA